GGAGGGUUUGGGAGUCUCAAACCCUCUGAAGACCGCUUUCCAGGUGGCUAUAUCAGCAAUUCCUUAUUCCUCGUUGUUGAGCCUCUUGACUCUUCCUACUGGGGACCGGCGAGGAAAGUCCCCAAUGAUUGAGGUUGCAACCUCUCCACAGGAACAGCUCCUCCUAUCUUUCUCCCACAACUUGCCCCAGACAUCUAUGUUACCAAGCACGUGAUCGGGAGGAAAUCGGAAUCGAGUAGUGCAUGCUUGACAAGCCUUCCAAUGAUUAUAAUUACCACCCCAAGACUCUACCUCCGCUAGAAUUGUCAAAGAUUAGGACUUGCUACCCCUCUCUUCUUCCCGCCACCCUUCUCCCUCUCCUACACCCCUUCCCCAUAUCCCCACUCCUCCUACACUCUGUAUCCAUCCUUCUAUUCCUCUGCCUCUCUACACCCCUCUCCUCUUCUCCCCAUCUCAGGCAAUCUCCACGCUUUCACGCCACCCCAUCCCGUUCCAUCCCCCCCAAUCCAUCCCCAUUCCAACCUACCUCAUGUGAGCGCGCAACGAUUUGAUGACCGACUGACUGGCCCACUGUAGACUAUCGCAUCCGAACGAUGUGGCAGCAAUGUCCCAUCAUCGACACCGAGCGGCACAGGCAUGAAAAGGAGAAUGAUAAGAAAGGCCUCAAGCAAGAGGCUCGAG